AUGGAUAUCUUAUCCUAUCGAUUAACAGUUAUUGUGGCAUUAUCUGAUGCGGAAUUUAGUGAAAAUGAUAUGCCAGGACAAAUCUAUCUGAAAACUCCGUGCAUCUUGAGACAAAAUCUUAAUUUUCCACAACACUUUGAAGAAAUUUCGAAAAAUUAUAUAAUAUAUCGUUUAUUACAAUUAUUGGAAUUAUCAAGGCAAAAGGAUCAACUAACUAUACCAUUUGCACCAAUUGUAAGAGUACCAUCAACAUAUAUCCAACAAGAACCCGUGAUCAUCAGUCAACAACCUCCAACAAUUAUUUUGGAAGUAAAUCGAAAUCUAAACGAUGAAGAAGUACAUCAGAUUUUUAUAAAAAUAUCCAGCAUUUUACAAGGGUAUGGUUAUGCUACUAAAGCUGAUGUCACACGCAAUAAAGCCAAUGUAUUAAAUAAACAAAAGGGUGAAAUGCCAGCCAAACAUUCAUAA